ACGCGACUGAUGCGACGUCGAUUACGCGGGCGGGCGAUACGCAUUGGUUUCUUCUCACGCGAAUAUAAAACGCUUGCCGCUCAAAAAACGAUCGUUGCUCGCGAUCAAAUGCGCUCGUCAAAAUGUGAUCGGACGAUUUUCCCGCUUUUUUUCUUCUCAAAACACUUGCUUUCUCUCGGCCGGAGGUGAAGGGAAGGACCACUGGCGAGUUUUGUACUUCACGAGGAUUCAUGCCGACGUUGAACAUGACACUUCCGUAAGAAAAUCCAAAGAUUCCGAUGGAGAACCAGGGUUAUGAGGAGGAUCAGUCGCGCGCAGCACAAGAGCAGUCCACCCUUGAGUCUCGCCGCUGCGAUCAGCAUCUUUGCACGGAUACAAUCGAUGUAAUCGAUAAUCCCGUUGUCGCGAGGGCCACGUCGCAUCCCGAAGGCAACGUGUACGAGGACAUCGCGAUCGGUGCAGGAACCAACACUUGCGAACUUUCCAAGCGGACGUCUUACCCCGACGAGUCUCGAAAUUUGUCCGAGACUGGAGGUCUCUUCGCCAGGCAGGCUUGGAUUAACAGGCCGUCAUCCCCCACGAUCGACAGACCCUUUCAACAAAAUUCGACAUUAUCCUCCAGAAUCAAUACGAAUCACGAUAGCACAACCAUUUUAUCCAGGACGAGUGAAGAUGAUGUUGAGAAAGUCUUUGAAAAAUCUCGCGAACUCCCAGUACCUUCCCUCUCCGAGGACGUUUCAGAGAAUGUAUCCUUGUCUCUUCAGACAAACGAAGACUCGUUGCGAGAUGCCUCGGUGACGCAGUUCGAUCGCCGACCGAAUCGCAGACGCAGGAAGAAGGAUUGCAAACAUUGCAGAAGCAAAUUAGCUGAUGCGAGCUCCUGCGAGAAAUUGGACGAGCUGAUCGAUGGCAAGGAUACGAUUCUGAAAGAGAACGGAGACAAUCAUCGGAAUAGGCAUCCAGACGUGUCCACUCUCCUGUUCCGAGAGUCACAUCUGAGGCCGCAGAACAUAAAAGUUUAUCCGAUUGUGAAUAGGACGAGUCUUCGGGAUAUCGGCGCCAAGAGAAGUUCCUCGGCCGCAUUUCCCGCGUCUGAGUAUGGAGUGCAUAGGACGGAGAAUGCGGCCAGGUUCCUGCUGAAUAUGGAGAACGAUAAAAUGUUGGGCCAAGUUGUGGAGGGUGCCCAGAACAAGAUACUGGGAGUGUCGGGGAAUGGGACUGAUAUGAGGAUUAACUCAAUAUAUUCGCAGGAUCGUUGGUACAACAAGGAGUCGCAGAUAUUCUAUACCGACGUCAAGGAUCAGAAUCCCUUUCAGAGGGCCUAUUCCCUGCCGGCACGGACACACACUCCUACCUCGCAGAAUCGUGCUAAUUUACGUCGAAGCGUCAGAAACGAGCCGCCUCCGCAACCGGCGCGCCUGGAUAAGCAUCGUCGCGGUUGGACAUUACACCUGGCUCGUCCCCUAAAGGCAUCCGGAUGCUCAAGCCCGCUCAUACCCCUGCUGAUCGUCGUGUUGAUCCUGCUGGGGGUCGCAGGAGUCGCACUGUACAUCGUCUUCGAGCCCGAGAAGCUCCAGAUUAUUCAGCAGUACCUGAAGUCGUCGACGAGCAGGUUGACGGGGCAGAACGUUACUUCCGGUGAGCCGAUCACGCCCGCGAACGACGAGUCAAAUCUGACUGCGACAACCGAUACGAUGACGUUAACAUCGAUGACAGACAUAGAAGAAACGUUUGCUGGGGGUAUGUUUACCAUGAGCGCCCCUACAAGCGGCAAUCUGUCAUUUCCGGGAAGCACUUCGCCGUCAAACGAAGGCGUGGAAACGGAAGCUGCGAGUCAGAACGUUAUUAAUGCGACGAGAUAUUGCGAUGAUUGCUUCGAGGGCGAGGUGUGCGUUGCCAUCUUCGGCGAAAUGGUGCCGAUAUGUAGGAAAAUCCGUAACCACAAUGAUCCCACCGGAUGCGGUGGUUUUUGCACCUUGAGUAGACAGAAAUGCCAUCGUCUCGACGUGGAUGCAUUCAGAUGCGAAAGAGUCGAACGCUUUUUCUGUUUGGAGAACGAAUGGACUUGCUCCAACACGUUGUGCAUCCCCUUGGAUAAGCGUUGCGACGGGCAUAUGAAUUGUUAUGAUCAUUCGGAUGAGUAUGAUUGCGUCUGCAAUCUGGAGACGCAUUUUCAAUGUGGUAACAAGACUUCCUGCCUUCCGCUGGAGAGGAGAUGCGACAGAAAGAUAGAUUGCUGGGACGCAACUGACGAGAUUAAUUGCACGUUAGGUCAUGAUCUUGGUUGGUUUUGCUCAUUGGAAGACGAAUUUACUUGUAUCAAUGGGGAAUGUAUACAGAGAGAUCGGUUUUGUGAUGGGCUGGCGGACUGUAGCGAUGGAACAGAUGAACCUCAUGGAUGCCAAGGGCGAUGCAAUAAACACGAAUUUACAUGCCAAAACAGUAGAUGUAUUGCGAAAAGAAUGAAGUGCAAUGGGUUUGACGAUUGCGGAGAUGGCUCGGAUGAGAUACACUGCAAAGACCGGUUUAUUUAGUAUUUACACAUGAAGGAAAACAUUGCCAAUCAGAGAGAGAGAGAUCAAAUGCAGUAUUUUAUACAAAUAAAUGUACGUAAUGUAUAUAGCUUGUUGUAUAGAGACAGAAAUAUGAGACAAAAAUAUAUAUAUUAAAUCGAUUUAUUUAUUGAAUCUAGUACUAUAUAUCCUUUCGCUUUUUGCUCCUUUAUCUCACAAUUGUAAAGGAAUAAUACAUUGACGAGUUAUUGUGAUCCUUUUAUUAUGUAACUAUUAAGACAUACAUAUAUUAUAAAAGAGCACUAUACAUAUAAUGAUUAUGUAAAUUAAUUUUAUUCACAAAAAGAAAAAUUAUCAAUUUUAUGCGGAAUAUAUUGUAUCAACACAAAUGAUUUAAUGUUGCAUACAUUUUGUUAUCUAAAUCUACUUAUUAUUUGAAAAACUUGUAAAAUUCUCUUAAGUAUAUAAUGUAUUUUAUACUAAGAUAAUGUCAGAUACUACACAUAAUUCGUAAUUCAUAUGAGAAAUAACAGAAAUUCGUUGGUCAGCAGAAAGGAUUCUCAUUACUGUUCAUGAUUCAUGGUCUGCUAUCUGUAUAAUGUAAUUCUGUAUGCGAAUUGAUCGAUUCAUGUUUCUUAAUUUUAUCUCGAGAAAUCGUUUCACUGACAAAUAUUGAGAGACUGAAUGACGACUUAUGAAUGAAAAUUUGACAAGAUUAUAAAUUAAUCUUAAUUAUAAAUUAAGAUUUUCAUACGAAUAUCGUCAUGAAUUAUUUAUAAAUUCCAC